AUGGCUCUCACUACCCCACAAAGAGACGUCGUUCUCCACCACUUGCACCGCCUCACCUCCACGCGUCAACACCCCAAGACAAUCUGCCCCUCGGAAGUCGCUCGCGCAUUCUCAGCACAAGAGUUGGGUGUGCUCAACGCGUCAGAGUGGCGACAAACUAUGGAUGAUGUUCGGAGUGUGGUGUGGCAGUUGCGGGAAGACGGAGAGCUUGAGGUUUUACAGAGGGGGGAGGUGAUUGAUGUGGAGAGACUGGAGGAUGUGAGGGGACCAAUGAGGGUGAGGGCCGUGCUGAGAUGA